AUGUACGCAUCCCGGAAAGGAGCUCGCGUAUCUCGUCUGAAGGGGAUCGACGAGUUUUUACAUUUUGAAGAUGAAGCUAAGGAAGAAGAAGGGGAACUGGGACUAGAGAGUGCCCCGGUAAUAAGCCCCAAGGCUGCUGAAACUCCAGGAACAAAAGCAACUAGAAAGAGGGCUCUUACCGAAGCAGAAGAAGUUCAGUACGAGAAGCGUACUCGCAGAAAACUGCUAGUAGACCCUCCUGCCCAGAAACUAAUGGCGGAUGCUUUCAAAUCUGCCGGUGGAGGGGAAGAGCAAGAACCUACUGCUGCAGCUCGUCCCGAUCACACCGACCCUCAUUCUGGGUGUCCUACCUCCUCCGGAGAAUUUUCCCCUCACUGUCCUUUGGAUCAGGAAGAAGGUGGAGAUGAGUCCCUAAUUGGGGAUAUGGGGGCUUCUUCUAUAAUAGACCCCGAUAUCUCACCAUUUACAGAACAAGCUCCAGGUACUACUCUUUCAUCUGCAGAGGCACUGCCUGCAAUAUCUCCAUCUGAAGGGGUUAAAAUGCCUACAGAUGAACUGGUGACAGAUGAACUUGCAAAUUUUAAUGAGAAUGAACUUGCAAAUUUUAAUGAGAGUCAGUCACCCGCUUCUUCUGCACUAUUGCCCCAUUCGGGGGCUAUUAUUCCUAGUCCCACGACUGGCCGAAUGACUAAAGUGGAUACGACUUCGAGCUCUCCGAGACUUUCAGCUGCAGAUGAUGAUGAACCGUUAGACUAUGGGAGCUCGUCUCACAAUGAUGAUGCUGAUGAGGAUGAAAGUGGUGGUGAUGAUUCCGCUGGCUGGGCUGAUCCGCCACCACCCUCUUCUGACAAGGCGUCCGAUUAUCUUCCUUUUUACCCCACUGGUUCUCCAACUCGUGGGGCUGCUGAUGCGUCAUCGUCUCUCCACCCAUAA